AGACAAUACCGCGCCCCCGAGCCGGGCAGCCCGGAGCGCUUCUGCCCCGCUCCGCUCCCACGAUGAUGUCCAUGAACAGCAAGCAGGCGUUCAGCAUGCACCCCAUCCUGCACGAGCCCAAGUUCCCUCACCUGCACACCAGCUCCGAGGCCAUCCGCAGGGCCUGUCUGCCCGCCCCACAGAUCCAGGGUAACAUUUUUGCGGGCUUUGACGAGACCUUGCUGCGGGGCGCCGAGGCUCUGGCCGCCGUGGAUAUCGUGUCGCAGAAAACCCACCCCUUCAAGCCAGAUGCCACUUACCACACCAUGAGCAGCGUGUCCUGCACUCCUACCUCUUCCUCCGUCCACCUGCACCACCCGUCCGUGCUGACCACCCACCAUCCCCACCACCACCAGCCCUCCCAGGGCCUGGAUGGAGAGCUCUUGGACCACCUCAACACUGCCCUCCCGCUUGGAGGGGUGCCGGGCCUGGACGUGGGAUCCACUCCUUCGCACCCACAUUCCCACAUGUCGGCCAUCAACCACAUGGCCCAUCACUCCCAGCCCAUGAACGUGUCCCACCCCCACGGCCUGGCUUCCCAUACUGUCAUCUCCAGCCCCGAGACGGAGACGGACCCCCGGGAGCUGGAGUCCUUUGCUGAGCGGUUCAAGCAGCGGAGGAUCAAGCUGGGGGUGACCCAGGCAGAUGUGGGCUCCGCGCUGGCCAACCUGAAGAUCCCGGGGGUGGGCUGCCUUAGCCAAAGCACAAUCUGCAGGUUCGAGUCUCUCACCUUGUCCCACAACAACAUGGUGGCCCUCAAACCCAUCCUGGAAGCGUGGCUGGAGGAGGCUGAACGGGCUCAGAGGGAGAAAAUGACCAAACCUGAGAUCUACACGGCGGGGGACAAGAAGCGCAAGCGCACGUCCAUCGCUGCCCCCGAGAAGCGCUCACUGGAGGCUUAUUUUGCCGUGCAGCCACGGCCCUCCUCGGAGAAAAUCGCUGCCAUCGCCGAGAAGUUAGACUUGAAGAAGAACGUGGUGCGGGUCUGGUUUUGCAAUCAGAGACAGAAGCAGAAAAGGAUGAAAUUUUCUGCUACCUACUGAAGAAGGGGCUGGGAGGGUAGUGGUGGGGAGGGUCUGCCCCACUCCCCCCCCCCGGCCCCUUCAGAACGGGCCGGGCUGGGGGCUGUUGGUGGUGGUGUUUGAAAAAGAAAACUGGGGGGGAGAAAAAAAAAACCAAAAGGAAAAAUAAACCUAAAAAAAGGGAACCCCCCCCAAAGCAAAGAAUUUGGUGCCUGCUCCUCCACCCCGGGCAAAGCGGCCCCACAGCUGGGACUGGUACAGACUGCUUUUGUAGAUAAAACUGGACAAAAGGUGGAGGAAAAGGAAAAGAGAAACCGAAGGGCCCAGGCGGGGUUUUGGGGGGCCCGCGGUCAGGGCAGCAGCACCCACAGCGCAGCAGGCUCUGCCGCAGCCCUUCGCCUGGUGCCCGCUUCUUUCCUUUCAAAUAGCCUAAAAUAAGGAAAACACGUGAAAUACCUGAGAAAGGAAACGAGCUGGAAGUGCACCGGGUGGCUGUAAAUAGGGGUGUCCGCCGCGCUCCCCGCUGCCGGGGCCUCCACACACACGCACUUGCAUGGUUCUGUUCCAAACCCAUCGCGUUUUUGCAGUAACAUUUCUGUUUCUACCUCAUCGGCUGAAUUAAAACGAAAAGAAAAAGAAGAAAAAAAUACAUUAAAAAAAGAGAAAAUAAUUAAAAAUAAUGAAAAAAAGGAUAAAUUGGCACGUCCCUGGAGCCCGUGUGUUGGGAAUGGAGCUUUGGUUUUGCUUUGGUUUCACGCGAACAGUCCGAGGUCCCUCUGAUCUCCCUGUGUUCAAUCCUACGCUUCGACAAUCAAGUCACCGGGGGCCCAGGAGCGGCCCGGGGGGGGGGUCCCGCAGCCCAGACCCCCGCGGGCGGCUCCUCUGCAAAGCGUCAGCGCUGCACUUUCUAAGGCAAGAGCACUGCGUUUGGGUUUUCUUUUCUUUGCGUAUUUAAUAGAGACAUUUUUGCCUCCGUUUCCUUUUUGGUUUGCUUUAUUUUUAAACUUAAAAGUAAACGAGAUUUCGUUGCGCCGCGUGUGUGCUGAAUGGAGUUCGCUGUCUGUGUACGCUGCAGCAUUUCAAAUAAACCAUGCACGUUUUACCUCA